AAAUCCUGACACCUUCCAGAAUCCAGAAGCCAUCUCCUCCUAUAUAACCACGCCGGUAGGUAUUUGUUUUUCGAAUCUCCCACACAGCACACGGCCGGCCCUCACAAGCAACUCCUCCCAAGAUCUCCAGCAUUCCCUUUCCCUCACAAGAACUCGAACCAUGCCUUCGCUUUCCGACGUCCACCACCCUCACCACCACCUGCACCUGGAGUUCGAGUCGGUCCGCGAGCUCCCCGAGUCGCACGCGUGGCCCACCCUUCAUGACCACCCCUGCGUGUCCGAGCCCGUGCCGGUCAUCGACCUGGCCGACCCCAAGGCUGCUGAAUUCAUGGCCCGUGCAUGCGUCUCGUGGGGCGCGUUCCAGGUCACAGGCCACGGCGUCGCCCCGCGCCUUCUGGAGGCCAUCGACUCCGAGAUGCGCCGCCUCUUCGCGCUCCCCAUCCAGCAGAAGCUCAAAGCCGCCCGCCCUCCCGACGGCAUCUCCGGCUACGGCCUCGUCCCCAUCUCCUCCUUCUUCGCUAAGCUCAUGUGGUCGGAGGGCUUCACCAUCGCGGGCUCCCCGCUGGACCACGCCCGCAAGCUCUGGCCCCAUGACCCGGACCAAUUCUGUGAUGUGAUUGAACGAUACGAUCAGGUCAUGAAGGCUCUCGCCGGCCGGUUGAUAACGCUGAUGCUUCUCUCGCUGGGCCUCAGGCAUGAGGAGCUCGAGUGGGCCGGCCAAACUGGAAAGCUGCUGCCGGACUUGGCCGGCGUGCUCCGGUUGAACUCCUAUCCGGCGUGCCCGGACCCCGACCGGGCCAUGGGCAUGGCUGCCCACGCCGACUCCAGCCUGCUCACCAUUCUGUACCAGAGCAGCACGAGCGGGCUCCAGCUUUUGCGGGCCGAGGACCAGAACGGCCCGGCCCGGUGGGUCACGGUGCCGCCGCUGCCGGGGGCGCUGGUCGUGAUCGUCGGAGAUUUGUUUCACAUACUAUCCAAUGGGCGGUUCAAGAGUGUCGUCCACCGGGUCGUCGUCAACCGGAGCCAACAGCGUGUCUCGGUGGCUUAUUUCAGUGGCCCACCGGCCGGUGUGAGGGUGUCACCGAUCGGGAAGCUGGUGGGCCCUGGCCGGGCACCUGCCUACCGGGCCGUUACAUGGGCCGAGUACCUGGGCCUCAAGCGGAAGCUCUUUGACAAGGCGCUGGCAACGAUAGAAAUGCCGGAGGAAUCAUAGGAAGACCAUCGCAAUAAACUCUUACUCUGUGAUGAUUGUUGUUGUUUUAAGGAGCAAUCGUGUGUGAUUGACUACGAAGAAUAAAUAAGUAUAAGUUUGGGCGUGAUCACAAA